AGGCUGUUGAAAUUACUUCAUGUGCUAUAGAACAAAAACUACAUCUAAAAAAAGGAAAACACAGAGAGAUCUGGUAAUAAUCAUUUUAGCUUUUGGACCUCAGCAUGGCAGCCAGCAAUAACAACAACAGCAACAGCAACUCGAAGGCCGAAGAGAAGCCCACGAUUAUGGGCUGUGACUUUGAGAUACACGGAAAGGUGCCCAAGGAGGCCUUUGAAUUGUUUGCCGUUGCCCAGGCGAAGCUGUUGGGUCUGCGGGGUUAUAUCACGCGGGUCGCCGAUGAUUUUUACAAGGGUCAAUUGCAGGGCGAGGGCAAAGUGAUUGAGAAAUUCAAGCAGUUGAUCGCCACAGCUGCCGAAUAUGUGGCUGCUGUCAAGGAGUUUAUCGUUAAGAAUCUGAAAAUCAUUGUGGAUUAUACAUACGAGACAUUCGAGCUGAGGAAAUCGCCAUGAAAUUAAUUACAUCAAUAAAGCAAAAUCUCAAAGUC